UCAGUUUCAGGGUCGAUCGACACGCAGACUCUCGCUGCCAUGACGCACCUUGCGAGGUCAGCUAAUGCCGUGCCUGCUGCGGAGCUGAGAAAGCUGUGCUACACCACUGCCCAGGCCAUCCACGACGGCGCAGGGCCCCUGAAGCCCGGCACAGCAGGUGCUGGGGAGAACUUCCACAGCCUCCGCGAGACUCAGCACGUGCCUCUGGAGCGCGCAGCGUCUGCUCCUGGAGGCACCCUCAGGCGAGGUACCUCGUACGAAAAGGACUUCGGUGAGGAGCCCGUCUUUAUCGACCUUGAGGUCAACCGAGCGCAAGCGAACCUUCUCAAAUCCAAGAAGAACUACGUCAAGGCGCCACAUGUUGGCACAUCGACCUACUCGCAGUCUUUCCGAUGGAAAGGUGGACCUAAGCCUCCAGAUGCCCGAGUUCCUGAUUGCGGGGUUCGUGAAGCGAUGAGCUUGGGCAGCCCUGUGCCCACUACCUCCACAGCACGCAGUGCCUUGAGCACCGGGGCAACUAGAGUAUUCGGCAAUGUGGAGAAGUGGCGGCCAGUGGAUCAGCUUGGAGGGGCCACUGACUCCUAUGACUUCCUUCAGUCGUCUUACCGCGCAAGUUUCCAAGGAUCGCUUUCGAGGCGGCCAGGUGCAAAGCGUCGCGUUCCGAACUUCCGGGACUCUGGCGACCCCGCUCGUACCUUCGCCGCUGCAACCUUGACCUCAACGUACCAGCACCACUUUACCCGUGGUCUUUGA